AUGGUGAUCCACCAGGUGGGCAGCAGGGGGCGAGGGGCAGCCAAGCUAUCUGAACGGAGAAGGGGCUGUCACUGUGAGGACAGGAAGCAGACGCUGUUGGUGUUGCUGGUCUUGGUGCUGUACGUGGGCACAGGGAUAUCCGGAAGAAGUUGGGAGGUGUCAGAAAGGAUCAGAGAAUGUCACUACCCCCAGAAGCCUGUGGCUUCCCAGGGGUUUGAAUAUCAGACUAAGGAUCCCUCAGAAGAGCCGAUAAAGGUCAUCAGGACCUGGUUGAAGGAGAACUUGCAUGUUUUCUUGGAGAAGCUGGAGAAGGAGGUGCGUGAGAUGGAGCAGCUGGUACAGGAUCUGGAGGAAUGGCUAGACAUCCUUCUGGGAGAGGGGCACGCCGAGGAAACCUGCUCCACCUUCAAACAUCACCUAUGA